UACUCGUUAGCGCAGUCUACUUGCUAUUUCCGUAGUGGAAGGGAAUGGGGUCAUCACUGUGUUGCACAUUUUCUCAAUUUUCUUUCUGAAACAAAACGACUUGAAGUGUUGAGUAGUAUCGAGAUGUUCACUAGAGUAGAGUUUCCACAUGAUGGAGUCAAGUAGAUAUAGUCAACCUGUACCAGAUGUUUCUGAUAAAACGGAGGAUAUAGAAAUAUUAUCAGUCCCGUCUCCUCCUCUCCUGGGAGUGAGAACCUUGUUGAGAGAUAAAUCUCCGUCCCAGGUGGAGAAAUCUAGAUCCGUCAGAUCCAACUCAGAUGUUUGUCUAGAGGAUAUAGAAUCAAAGUCAGGAGAGAUAUUCUUAAAGGACGAAAUACUAGCCUCCAGGUCCCCCUGGAGAAUACUAGAGAAGGAAAACAGUCCUGAAGUUAAGGAACCUCCUCUCCGCUCCUCCGGGUUCUCCUCGGAGUUUGCUAAAUUCUUAAAAAAUAAUACAGAGGGUAAAACCAAGCCUGUGAAGGAUUUUGUAACCCGUAAGUGCAGUGUACGGUUGGUUCAUCUUGAUAUAGAUGUAAAUUCAAUUCCAGAAAUGGAAACUAAGAGCGUGUCUCCGUGUAUAGAGGUUGUAGGAACCAGGGAACCCGUGAAGCGGGAUAAUGACAGUCCUGUUGGAGACGGACCUCUGAACAAAAAACCUAAAAGUGACGAUGUGAUAAUUCUGGAGUCUGAUACCUCUAAUAAAUCCAGUCCAGAUAUAUCUAUAGUUAAACUAACGAAGAAUCCCACAAAGGAGAAUAAAAAUGGUUCCUGUGAGAAGAAAAAUGAACCAAAGACACCAGAAAAUAGAAUUAAGACGGACAAGUUAGGACAAUUAAAACCAAUUUCCAUUGAAACCGGGAAGAAACCCGAUCUUCCUGUUCCGAAAUCCAGUAAGUCUCUCCCUAUAAACUCUUUGGAUAAAACAGAUCGAACCUCGCUUCAGUGUUUAGAACAGAAGCUUCUUGAUCUUAAAAAAUCCGCGAAAGAUCAGCAGAAAACAAAAUCUCAUGAUAAUCAUCAGAAAUUUAAAUCUAUGAGCCCGUCGGGGACCAAAACCAGCAAAGAUAAUCAUCAUCGAAGAAAUGACACCUUCAUGUUGGAGCGAAAGAAAACAGUAUCUUCUCCAGUAAAGAAGAUUCACAAGAAACCAUACAGUGCUCCGGCUACUCCUAAAGAGAAUAAGCUCGGUGGAUUAUUCUGUCCCACUACUGACGCCAAAGUUACAAUUCUGCCGUGUAAAACUGUUCCUAAGGAAGAAACUAAACCUCUAGCUGCAGGAUCUAAUUCUGUAACAAUAACUAAAGUAUCGUCUGGAGACACUCUCAGUGUUACUCCAAAGGACAUAAAAAAGGUAUUUUCUCCUAAAUCUGAGAAUAAACUAAAACUCUCUCCGAGCUCGACCUUGAAACCAGAGAAAACGUCUCCAAAACCUUUCAUGAAAUCUGACAAGUUUAAAACUGGAGACAAAUUUCACAAGGAACACCGACACAAAGACAAAGAAUAUAAGAGUCGAGAAUCCUCUAAGGAAAGACGAGAAAAGGGAGAGAGAAGGGAGCGGGUAGGGAGCUUAAAAAUAAUCCGCUGUUCGAAGUGCAGGGAGGUGUUCUCCACAAAAGAGGCAAAGAAGCUCCAUACUUGUAAUUCUAUCCUUGACGCUAGAUAUUUAAUUGAUGGCGGAGAUAGGCAGAAAACCUCUCCUGUCUCUAGCACGAGUAGCAGUGAUCGGUCGGAGAGUACAAGUGCGUCCUUAUCUAGGUCCAGCUCUAGAUCAUCUUCUCCGGGUAUGACAGUUUCUAGUGUUAAAAAGUCCGGAGACGGAUUAAAACUAAAACCUCGUAAACUUGAAGAAGAUAAGGUGAAGGUUAAGAUCUCUCUGGCCAAGGUUAAACAGGACGAAGAUGAGAGGAAGAAGUAUGAGAAGGGGGUGAAAAAGGAUCCAAUGAGAGAGAAGUGGGUUGAGAACAAGCUCGGAGGAAAACUGGAUCGAGGAGACUUGGAUCUAGAGGAGAAUAUGAAGCAUAGGCACCAGGGACUCGUCAUUGAAGCAAUAAACUCCUCAGACGGACACCAGUCCUCUUCAAUGGAAAUGAUGAAGAAGGAUGAUCAUUUCUCCGGAGAUGGUCUCUUCUCCUUCUCCGGGAAGAGAACCUACUCCCCUAGUAUGAGUGAGAGUACACAGAAUGAUGGGAAAGGUUCACCUCGAGAAACCAACAGCAAGGACUCGCCAGCAAGUCAGGCGGACUCUGGAGUAUUUUCUAUCGCGAGCAGUGCGAGUCCAAGUAAACUAGACGGAGGAAUAAAUUCUGAUGUCCGGAGUCCAGACAGUCCAAGAACAAUAGAGUCCUUAAAGUCAGAACACUCACAAUGGAAGCUAGGGAUGGGAGUAUCCAUGAGCGCUAGUUCAGGGGAUCCUAAACACUUAAGUACUAUGAAGAACCCUGGAUAUCCCAGGAAGACGGAUGGUCCAGGGAAUGGGUUCCCUCAAGGUAUCUCCCUCCCACUUAACACUAGCAUCACACGUGUUUUACCUCAACCCAACAGCUCUAGCUACUCAACCAAUAUGAAUCCAAACAAGAGCAUGGGGAUCAGCACCUCCACAUGGAUGACCAGCCAGCAGAUGAGCAGCUACUACCUAGAUGAAAACUCUAAGAAGAAAAGAGGGAGACCAAGAAAAAAUGGUGAUCCCAUCUUCUCCGGAAAGUUUAAAAAUCCGAAACCUAAGAUGUCGGACGACGACAAAGACAUGUAUGACUUUGAGAUGGAGGAGGAUGAGACUAAACCAAUGCAGCCACUAAGACCCCGGAGACAAAACGCGCAGCCUGUAACCUACAAAGAUCCAGACUCGGAUGAGGAUGCCAAAGGGAGACAGCCCCAAGUUCCUUUGAUCCAAGCAACUCUAGGCUACAAAGACAUACACGAAAAAGCUCUAGGUCUUCAGACAGACAAUUAUGAUGGUGAUUUUAACUCAAGUGAUAAUGUGUUGGAUGAUCAUGGAGAAAUGGAUGGAGAUGAUGAAGAGAAGGAUAGGGAUGGAGAAGACGAGAAGGAGAGGGAUGAAGAGGAAGAUGAGAGGGAAAAGAACAUAUCUUGGUGUAGUAUGAUAGAAGAAACACCAAAAGGCGGUAUCAAAUUAAAGCUGAAGAUAAAGAAACCUGUAUCCCCAGCAGCUCAGGAUCCAGAACCCCCAUUAAAGAAAACCAAACUGGAUUCUUCAGAUGAUUCUGACGAAUAUCAGAAACCCGAACCGUCCAUGAUCAAUGAAGUGCAGAGAAUGGCAAAAGCUCUGGAACCAAAGAGUGAACCUGAAACUAAAGUUAAUUCUAAACCUGUCAUAUCUCAGGAAACCCCUGUUAUUAGCUCUGUCCAGGUUAGUAGUAAACAAACGAGUAUGAUGACUCCAGGGUUAGCUGGAGGAAUGCAACCCAAAGUUUCUACUCCACCCCAAACUUCCCAGGGAGUUGCACCUCCAGUGAGAUCUUACGGCUCCAACAACAAUCCGUUAGGAAUACCUCCAGUAUCAACAGGACAAGAGGACGGUUUAAAAGGCCCAUCUCCUCCAAAGGUUCAAAACCCCUACGCCAUCCAAAAGCAGACCUAUCCCCCAGCUGGCAACCCAAAUCAAACAAGUUAUGAAAUGCAACAAAACUAUCCUACAACUUCUAAUUACGCGGAUUUCCCUAACUACAAUCCUUCCUACAGCAGUUACAUGGAGCAACAACAGCAACAACAACAGCAUCAGCACAGUCAGAUGUAUUCUAGCAAUCAAUAUCAACAGCACAUGGCCAGUUUUAGGCCAGGAGUGCGCCCUGGGAGUCCUAUGAUGCAGAGGCCUCAGCCAGCAGGGUUCAUGGGAGGAAGGAUUAUGGAUCCUAGGUUUCCUCACCUGCAGAACCCAAUGUCAGAUGUGGAGGCAAUGCACGGAGGAAUGAAUACUCACAUGGGAGGUAUGCCAAUGGGAAUGGGUUCUCAUAUGGGACCUGGAAUGUCGUGUCAUCCCGCUAUGAUGGGAGGGAUGAUGCCUGGUUUAAGCUCUUCUAGUAUUUCAAUGGGAUCCUAUCCUAGUUCUCCGAUGAAUGUUCCAAGUAGUAUGAACCAGAACCCAAUGUCUGUAUCUAUGGGUUCUGCAGGGAUUCACAAAGGUCCGAUGAUGAACUCUCCUGUGAUGAGCCCAAUAUCCGGGCAUGGUGGAAUGAUACCUCGAUCAAUGAGUCCGCAGUCCCUGGGUGAGCGUACUCUUGUGGGUCCGCCUUCAAUAAGUCCCCAAUCUAUUCCUGGUUGUGAGCGAAGUAUAUUUCCUCCUGGUCAAUACAGACUCUCCUCUCCUCAAUACAGUCCUGCACAUCAGGGUCCAGUCCAACCUAGUUACAGUCAUUCUCCUACAUAUAGUGGAGCACAGGGAUAUCCUCAACCUAAUUUAUCUCACAUGUAUAAACCUCCCACACCUCAAACCUACCCUAAACCUCCAACUCCACAGAGCUAUCACCAGCCUUCAACUCCUCAAGGGUAUCCAAAUCCUCCAACUCCUCAGAGUUAUCCGAAACCUCCCACUCCUCAGAACCCAAAUACUCCAGGAUCUUAUCCUAAUCCCUCAACACCUGGAGCUUAUCAGAAUCCAACAACUCCUCUCUCCCAACAGAAUCCUCUUACACCUCAAUCCUAUGAUCCUCCAACUCCACAAGCUUCGCAGCACAACAAUAGUUUUGAAAGCUCAAUAACCCAGCCUGUGAUUCAACAGAACCCCCUGGUAUCAGCAAUAUCUACUCCUGCCACCAGCUCUUUCAUCCUUCCUAAAACCGAGAGUGUAAUCCAGUCCCCUGUGCAUAAUGUGUUCAAGGAUAGUUCAAAGAUUACUACCCCUAUGUUGUCUCCGCCUUCAACAACCAGCAGUCUGAGAAAGAUUCGCAGACCAAGUAAGUCAGUAACACCGGGCACUGUGAGUCCGAACCAGAAAAAUCUGAGCCCGAACCAAUCUCAAAUAACUGUAAAAAUGGAAAAUGAUUCUGUAAUUGUACCUAAACUUGAACCCCUCCAGAAUUCUCCUCCUAUAAGUGUUAAGAGUGAACCUGUUCCGUUUAUCAAGAAGGAGCCUGAUUUGUCUCCUAAACCUGAUGUAAAGAGAGAGCUAGUCCUAGAGGAGGAACCCAAACCUUCAUCUCCUCCUCCUAGAACUCGAACACCGGAUCCCCCUAAGGAGGAGAAGUGGGGAGAGGACGGAGAAUUUGGAAUGCCAGAAAAAGCAUUAGAAUUGAUAUUUUCUUAUGUUUGCCACACGGAAGGCUGUCUCCCAUUUCUACCUAGCGCAAUGCGUGUUUGUAAACUGUGGAAUAAGGUUGCAAUGAAUCCAGCAUUGUGGACCCAUGCCAACCUAGGACUGGCUGUGAAGGAAAAGUCUAGGACGGAGAAGAAGUUGGAAUGGAUUUUAAAGAACAAGUUUCCAAAUGCUAUUCAUGUUGAUGUAACAAGCUGGAAGGCUGUUAUGAGUACACCAGCGCUCAAGAUAAUCGCUGCCAACUGUCCUAAAAUUACAGGACUUGGUCUGUCCAACUGUGUGAAACUCAAUUUUGAAGAUAUUAGAAUCGUUCCUAGUCUUUUUCCUCUACUGGAGCGGAUUGAUCUCAGUUUAGUUUCGCCCUCUACAGCGAGUUCUCGGAGUGCAGUAUCUAGUAGCGCCUUGUCAGAUCUGAUUACAGCUCUCGGAGAUAAGCUGACACACUUCAACAUGUCCAGCAACAAGAUGGCUGGGCUUCCUUUCGUGUUUAAGGCCCUCUCGCAACAUUCUAAGAACCUGAAGUUCCUGGAUGUUUCCAACAUAUCCACCACAUCCAGGGAUACCAUCCUCAUCAACAUUGAGAAACUACAAAAGGGCUGUCCCAAGCUCCGAACCUUUAGAACCACAAACACAAUGCUGGGUCUAAACGAGGUUCCAGUCCGGGAUCAGGUCGCAGCUCCAGGGUUUCCAUACCUAGAGGAGCUAACCAUUGGAGUAGAUCAGCGAGGAUACUUCGACGGGAUGGAUGACGGGCAGAUAGAGAGAAUCCUGAAGAAAUCCAAUAAGUUAAAGUUGCUGGAUAUCCGAGGUUGCAAGGGUAUCUCUGACUCUACCCUAGUCCGUCUACCCUGCUGGGAUAUUGAAUACAUGUAUGUGGCUGGUUGUAGUGUCACCAGUAGUAGUCGGGACGGGUUGGAACUCUUGGUAAAGAAAUGGUGUGCAACAUUGAUAGAGCUUGAUAUUGGUCUCACCCCGGAUUCUAGAACUGUUGACUGGGCAGUAAUGGCUCUGGUGGAAAAUGAGGAUAAACUGAAACUAAGGAAACUGAACCUGAACGGAACUGGCGUGAACUUGAAACCUUUGACUAAACUAUUGAACUGCUGUAAUACCCUGGAGUCGUUGAACCUGAGCGCCUGCAGGGCGUUGCCGAGAGGGAUGAAGAGAAUGUAUCACUCCAGAGAUGAUAUUGAGAGCUUACGGAAGGAUAUUGAGGAAGGAAAGUUUAAUGCUCGAGAUACUGGAAGCGACGGAGACGAUUAAACUAAUCCUCGGUGCUUAAAUCUGGAUUUAUAUAUUUGAGUGAAAUUAUACAAUUAUUAGUUGUCUAUUUAUUGUCUGGGAUUAUUAAGGACUAAACUAUCUAAUUAAUUAAUUAAUUGUACAUUGAGUGGAAACCGUUACUUAUCUGAUAUAUAAAUAUUUGUUAUUUCUGUUGUUAACUUUAUAAGUUCUGCUCGAUCUGUGAGAGUCUGAACCUAAAAUAUGCAUUUUAAGGCAUAAAAUGAACUGCUAGAGUUAGCUAAUACUGCUCUAGGAGUAGAGAAUGUCUAGUAUGCUCCAGUCCUCCUGGUCAGGGUUGAUAUAUGAAGAGAUCCCUUGAGAAACUGAACCUAUGGAAGAUAUUUAAUAUGAUUAAUCUCAACGUAUUUCAACCCAGUGUAGGACGGAGCAGGACAAAACCCUGAACACUAGUCUCUACUCUUCUACCAUCAUAUUCUACUGGUAUAUGAAUAUAUAAAAUGUAUCUUCCAUCCUGUAGAAAUAAUAUAAAUAAAUAGAAAAAAAUUAA